CUGAGUACAGACCCGUCGAUUGACGUCCUAGACGACCACAUGAUGUCGGAUCACCAACCGGUUCUGGUCACUAUUGAUCUGGCGCCGAUCCGGAGGGAAAUCCCGUCCCCGCGUCAUAGACAACACUGGCAUAUCUUCGCGGACAACCUGUCCAAGAACUUGCGGUCUUUUCAAGUGGACAGCCCCGACCAUGUGGACCGCCUCGCCCUCGAGCUUACCGAGUCGAUCACCCGGGCACUCGAGGCCUCGCGGCUAAGCACCACAUCACACCGGAAACGACCGCAGUUACCUGCCGGGAUACGAGACAUGAUCGAGGACAAAAGGAGGCUGCGUAGACUAUACCAGCGCACCCGAUGCCCGACCAUCAAGUCCCAGCUCAAUGCUCUGGCGGAGAGAGUCUCAGCGGUGUUGGAGGACCACGCUGUGGACUCUUGGUACAAGACCAUCGAGCGAGCUGGAGAAGACUGGUCGGGUAUCCACUGCAUAUGCCGCCAAGUAUCCAGGAAGUCAGAACCGAUCCGGCCCCUGCUAGCGAGUGACAGCACCCCACGCUACCGCGCAGCGGACCGAGCCGAGAUCUUCGCUGACUACCUGGAGACCCACUUUUAG